UUACCAAUUCUGGCUUGGCUUCAUUUCUUAAUCAAAAGAAUCCGCCCCACUUCUUUUUCUCUUUGGUUCCAUUAUCUUAUCAUCUCCUUUCUCCUCACAAACCCACUUCUUACCUGCAAGUAAACAGAGUAGUAUGGGCACGGCUGAGCUUUGGUUUGCUCUGUUCUUGAUGGUAUCAGUUCAGUUCUUUGAAUUGGUAAUAUCUAAAAGGGAAUUGGUAACGACACCACCAUUGCCUAUUCUCCCAAUUCCCACCUCAGCCCAAUUGAAAUGGCAGCAGAGAGAACUAAUAAUGUUCCUUCACUUUGGAAUGAACACUUUCACCGAUUCAGAAUGGGGGACUGGUCAUGAGAAUCCAUCUCUGUUCAAACCAACAGGACUCGACGCCCAUCAAUGGGUCGACGUCGCUUCCAGUGCUGGAAUAUCUUUGGUGAUCCUCACGGCCAAACAUCACGAUGGGUUCUGCUUAUGGCCUUCUCAAUACACAGAGCAUUCCGUCAAGAACAGUCCAUGGAAGAAUGGCCAUGGCGAUGUGGUCCAAGAGCUGGUCGAUGCUGCGAAUUCUAAAGGUAUAGAUGUGGGGUUGUAUCUCUCUCCUUGGGACCGCCAUGAUAAGAGAUACGGGCAUGAGUUGCAGUAUAACGAGUACUACUUAGCCCAGUUGCAGGAAUUGCUCCGAAGAUAUGGGAGCGUUCAGGAGAUAUGGUUCGAUGGAGCCAAAGGUCCAAAUGCCCCCAACAUGAGUUACUACUUUCAAGAUUGGUUCUCCAUGGUGAAGGAAUUGCAGAGCUCCAUUAAUAUAUUCUCAGACGCAGGCCCAGAUGUGAGAUGGGUCGGAGAUGAGAAGGGAUACGCGGGGAAUACUUGCUGGUCCACCAUUAAUCGAAAUUCACUGAGGAUUGGAGAUGAAAGCAUUGUUGGCUAUCUGAACAUGGGUGAUCCAAAAGGAACUGAUUGGGUUCCUCCUGAAUGCGAUGUUUCGAUCAGAACUGGUUGGUUCUGGCACAAAUCGCAAGAACCAAAGCCAUUAAGUCAGCUACUCGAAAUCUACUACAACUCUGUUGGAAGAAACUGCUUGCUCUUGCUCAAUGUACCACCAAAUUCAACUGGGUUGAUCUCCGAUUCCGACGUCCGGCGAUUAGGAGAAUUCCGGCGAGCCAUUGACACCAUAUUCUCCACUAAUUUAGCAGAGGGAAGUAUCUGUAAAGCCAGCAGCCAAAGAGGAGGUAAGGUUGGUGGGUUUGGACCCGAAAAUGUUCUUGAUGGAGACCAUUUGUGGUCUUAUUGGGCCCCCGACGACGAAAAGGCCCAUGAAGGGCAUUGGAUUGAAAUUGUAGGGAACGGCAAAGUGUUUACAUUCAAUGUAGUGAGGAUUCAAGAAGCAAUUGGUCUGGGGCAGAGGAUCAAGAGCCAUGAGAUCUAUGCCGACGGGAAUCUAUUGGCAACGGGGACGACGGUCGGGUACAAGAAGCUACAUAGGCUUCAAAUGGGUACGGUUCAAGCCCAUCGGGUUAGGAUCCGGAUCAAGAAAUCGAGAGCAUGGCCUUUGAUAUCAUCCAUUGGUCUUCAUUUUGAUCCUUAUUGGCACCCAAAGAAAGCUAAUAGGUAGCUUUGGUCAGCUUUGGUAAGCUUCUUCACUCUUUAGUCUAACCCUUCUUUGGGUGAAGAGAUAUGAAAUUGUUCACCUAAUUGUCCAAAUAAAGGUCGUUAGAUGCUUGGUUCUCAUAUCUUGAAGGAAAGGUAAAGUGGGUCAUAUAGAAAAUGAUCCUACCAUAAGAGUCAUAUAUAAAAUCCACUUUAAAUUGCGGCA